AUGUCUGAUUUCAAGAGUAUAGGUGUCUCCAGAUGGCUCUCCGAGUCCUUGAACGCUAUGAGGAUCUAUACCCCAACAGCUAUUCAAAAAGCUUGCCAUGAUUGUAUUGGUGGUGCUAAAACAGGUUCUGGUAAAACUAUUGCAUUCGGCGCACCAAUGUUGACCAAAUGGUCAGAAGAUCCAAUGGGUAUUUUCGGUUUAGUUUUGACACCAACAAGAGAAUUAGCUUUACAAAUUGCUGAACAAUUUGCAGCUUUAGGUGCAGCUAUGAAUAUUAGAAUUGCUGUUAUUGUUGGUGGUGAAAGUAUGGUGGAACAAGCUAUUAAACUUCAAGGAAAACCACAUUUUGUUAUUGCAACUCCUGGUAGAUUAGCUGAUCAUAUUUUAAAUAGUGGUGAAGAUACUAUAGAAGGAUUGAAAAGAGUUCGUUAUUUAGUUCUUGAUGAAGCUGAUAGAUUGUUAAGUAAUAGUUUUGGAAGUGAUCUACAAAGAUGUUUCAGUAUAUUACCAUCUGCUGAUAAAAGACAAACAUUAUUAUUCACAGCUACUGUUACAGAUGCAGUACGAGCAUUGAAAGAUAGACCAACUCCAACAAAUAAACCAAAAUUAUUUAUUCAUGAAGUUGAUAGUGUGGAUAAAGUUGCCAUUCCAUCUCAAUUAGAAACUUAUUUCAUGCUUGUUCCAUCUUAUGUUAAAGAAUCUUAUUUAUAUAGUAUUUUAUCUCAUGAAGAUAAUGAAAAAAAAACUGCAAUGGUUUUCGUUAAUAGAACUCAUACAGCUGAAGUUGUUAGAAGAACUUUACGUAACUUGGAAAUUAGAGUUGCUUCAUUACAUUCAGAGUUACCACAACAAGAAAGAACAAAUUCAUUACAUAGAUUUAGAGCAAAUGCUGCUAGAGUACUUAUAGCUACAGAUGUUGCAUCUCGUGGGUUAGAUAUUCCAGAUGUUGAAUUAGUUAUUAAUUAUGAUAUACCCGCAGAUCCAGAUGAUUUUGUUCAUAGAGUUGGUCGUACAGCUCGUGCUGGUAGAAAAGGUCAAACUAUAAGUUUAGUUUCUGAAAAAGAUGUUUCAAGAAUUCAAGCAAUUGAAGAAAGAAUUAAUAAAAAAUUAGAUAAAUAUGAAAAAAUCACAGAUAAUAAAGUUAUUAAAAAAUCUUUACAAUCUGUUUCAAUUGCUAAAAGAGAAGCUGAAGCUGAAAUGAGUAAAGAAGAAUUUGGUGAAAGAAAAAGAACUAUCAAACGUAAAUCACAAAAAGAUGAUUCUUCAAAUUAUAAAAUUAAAAAACCAAAGAAUAAAUCAAGGAAAUAG